UGAAAGCGGAGAGGCAAGUCUGCUUCGACCCCUGGGCAAACAAGCCAUUUCCCCCCAAAACGACGGAAAACCCGCGGUGGCCUUCUGAGCUGUAUCCCUUCCUUCCCCCCACCCCCUUCCCCUCGCUGCCAGAUGCUGCUGCUAUUGUGGACUAAAAAAUAGCCCUUGCAGGCAAUGCCGGGGAAGGAAAGCAGGGGCCACAUUCCUGGGAAAGUGCCAAUUUUCGUGUGGGACCACCAGAGCUUCCAACUGGUCUGGUGGAGGGCGGUGAGAGAAAAAUCAAGGAUUGUCAGCUUUAAAGAGAUCCAAGUUGAUUUUAACUCGACAAGACAGGUGACCCCCGUUUCCAUCUGGUUCUCGUCUGGGGGGGCCCUGGCCGAGCAGCCCCCCCACAUUUCUCUUGCCCUGAAACACGGCUCUAGCCAACCUGCUUCGCUGCUUCACCUGCGACCGUCUGUGUGGGGGCUGCACGGCGCCGGCGCCCCCGGCCCGCCAGGGCAUCGCCCUCCAGCCCGUCAUGCCCAGCUGCGACCCUGGCCCGGGCCCGGCCUGCCUCCCCGCCAAGACCUUCCACAGCUAUCUGCCCCGGUGCCACCGAACGUACAGCUGCGUCCACUGCCGGGCGCACCUGGCCAAGCACGAUGACCUUAUCUCCAAGUCUUUCCAGGGGAGUCACGGCCGGGCCUACCUGUUUAACUCUGUGGUCAACGUGGGCUGCGGGCCAGCUGAACAGCGCCUUCUGCUUACUGGGCUCCACUCUGUGUCCGACAUCUUCUGUGAAAGCUGCAAGACCACCCUGGGUUGGAAAUAUGAACAAGCCUUUGAGACGAGCCAGAAGUACAAGGAGGGGAAGUACAUCAUCGAAAUGUCACACAUGGUGAAGGACAACGGCUGGGACUGAGGAGCUCACGGCGGCUGCCCCUUCGCAUGCCCCGCUGCCCUUCCUUCCCCACCAGCCCCUGCCCCGCUGCCCAUCCCAGCACGAGCUCCGUUCCCCCGUCCCCCCACCCCGGGGGCCGCCCGGCUCUGCCGAACCCCUUCCCCGCCUCACUCUCCCAGGCCCCUUUCAACUCGGGAGUCUGGGCUGAGCUGGGGUGCCUUGAGGUGGGUGGUGAUUAAGGGGCAGGAAUUUGGGAGGGAAAAAGUGGGGGCCGGGGAGGAGAUUCCAGGGGUGGAUCCUUUGGCUUUCAGGGGGGCUUCCAAGCUAAACUGUUACGGGGCACAGACCUCCCCACCCCUUCCCCACCCGUCUCCCCUCUGGGGAGGAGGAGAGAAUUUGGGAAAUCCUUACGAUGGGGCGGGCAGAGAACCCAGGAGACGAAGAACGUAGGCAGGAAGCGGUGGGCAGAGGGGACCCCCAGGCCGUCGCCAGAUAGCGGCCGGUGAGAAAGAGCUCCCAGGUCGGGAAGAGACCCUGACCCAGGCACGGAGAGAGGUAAGGGUGGGGGUCGGGGUAACAGGCUGAGGCCUCAGCCCCGCCCCUCGAGGAGUGGGGGAAAGUCUUGAACCCGGGCCCUGGGACCCUGGGGUUUCCAUUUCACUUCGCACUUGUUUGUUUACCUUGGCACUAAUGAGGCACUUUUGCAUUUAUAACCUUU